CACGAAUCGACUUGUCUUUCGCCUUCCACUACUCACUUCAUCCAAAAUUCCAAUCGACCACAUCUCCAAUUCCGCGAGGAUUCGAUCGAGCUCCAUCCAAUCCAAUGUCAUCGCCGUGAACCGAAUCUAAAGUUAACGGAACACCUUUCCCCUUUUGAAAGUUCAAUUCAAACCUACAUAAUUGAACAAGGGAAGGAGGGGGCAGAAGACGAAGAAGAUGAUCGGAGAGAGAAUCACUAUGUGGCUGACCAGGAGGAAGCUCUGGAUCCCUGCCCUGUUUUUGCUCCUUUCCUCUCUGCAACGAGCAGCGCCGGAAUCCGCCACGCCCCGCUACGACGACUGCGCUCCCCGGCUAUGCGGCGGCCAGGAGGUCAGGUUCCCGUUCUGGAUCAUCGAUCGGCAGCCGAGUUACUGCGGCCCUCCGGCGUUCGCCCUCACUUGCCUCAACGACACAGGCGCCCUCUUCCUCACCGUCCUCAACAUCAAAUUCUACGUGCUCCGGAUUUUCUACUCCAACAGCUCCGUCCACUUCACUCUCGGCGACGCCAACGAUCCCUGCGCCUUCCUCCUCGGCACAAACACCUCCGGGUUCUUCCCCUUCAAUGUCAGCGACUCCAACAAGCGGAUCUUCUUCCUCUACAACUGCUCCGGAUCAGAAAGCGCCAUCCCGAGGAGCUACCAGAACAUGUCCUGCCCCCGGGUCAAGAGGGUCAUGUUCGGCGGCGAGUAUGACCCCGUCCGCACGCGCUCGCCGAACCCGAACUGCACCGUCGGCGUAGUGCCGGUGAUGGGCGACUCAAACAUCAGCGCCGGCAUAAACUACACGGCCCUGCUGCGGGCAGGCUGGAUGGCGAAUUAUACUGCGAGGAAUUGCAGCAAGUGCGCCGCCAGCGGCGGCCGGUGCGGCUACGACGCCAACAACACCUCGACGUGGCAGGGCAGUAUCUGCAUCUGCCCCAAUGGAGUCCAUCUCGGAAGUUGCAGCGGGAAGAAGAAUUCGCAUAGGACAUUGUUGGCAGCGGGUACUGCUGGAUCCGCCGGAUUGCUCGCUCUCACGUGCGCGGCCGUCUUCCUCGUUAGGAGAUUCACGAAAUCCCAAAGAAACUCAACGCUCUCUAGAAAUAUUUCUUCUUCAUUGAAGGAUUCUGAAAUCCAAGAUCACUUCCAGACGCAUGUCUUCUCCUACGAUGAACUCGUGGAGGCCACCGAUUGCUUCGAUUCCUCCAGAGAACUCGGAGAUGGAGGCUUUGGCAUAGUGUAUAAAGGGAAACUCCGAGAUGGUCGGACGGUCGCCGUCAAGCGAUUGUACGGGAAGAACUAUAAGAAGGUGGAGCAGUUUAUGAACGAGGUCAAGAUCCUCUCCCUUCUCCGCCACCAGUUCCUCGUCAGCCUCUACGGUUCGACCUCGCAUCGCAGCCGUGAACUCGUCCUCGUUUAUGAGUUCGUACCGAACGGCACAGUCGCCGACCACCUCCAGGGCCGUCGCGCCGCCGAGCGGAUUCUCACUUGGCCGAUGCGCCUGCGGAUCGCCAUCGAGACGGCCGACGCGCUUGCGUACCUCCACGCCGUCGACCCUCCGAUCAUACACCGCGACGUCAAGACCACCAACAUCCUGCUCGACGACGGCUUCCGUGUCAAAGUGGCGGAUUUCGGGCUCUCGCGCCUGUUUCCGGCCGACGCGACGCACGUCUCCACCGCCCCGCAGGGGACGCCGGGGUACGUCGACCCUGAGUACUACCAGUGUUUCCAGCUCACCGGCAAGAGCGACGUCUACAGCUUCGGGGUGGUGCUGGUGGAGCUCAUAUCGUCGAAGCCGGCGAUCGACCUCCGGAGAGAAAAGAUCGAGGUCCACUUGGCUAACAUGGCGAUCGCUAAGAUCCAGAACCACGAGCUGGUCGAUUUGGUCGAUCCCGAGCUCUGGCGGACGUCGGACGAGGCGGCGAGGAUGAGGAUCGCCAUGGUGGCGGAGUUGGCGUUCAGGUGCUUGCAGUCGGACGGAGACAGGAGGCCGGCCGUCAAGGAAGUCCUCGAGGGACUGGUGGCGAUAGAAAACUCGGCGUGCGAUUCCGGCGACAAGGCAGAGGACGCUGCUAAUUGGCUGCGAGAUGAUGCCAGUUUGAUGCACAACGUCGCGAUGUGCUCGCCGGACACGGUUGCCGGAAAGUGGUUUCUUGUUAUUAUUAGAGGUAAAGCCAGACACAUCGGAGAAGUUGGUCAUGAGAGGACGAGAAUGUGCACUUUCGGAGGAUGACACUAACUUCGUUGAUUUUUUGCCGGAAGAUGACUCCAGUCACAACAGUGUCAGUGUGUUCUCGAUGGUGAAGUGGAUGAUGAUGGAGGAAACUCGUCGAGACAGAGAUGAAGAAUGUGUUAGAGUGUAUACUAAAAGUCUAUCUUUUGUAAACAUUUAUUUUGAAAUACAUUGGUCAAAAAUGUCUACAUUUAUAU